ACAGAUGUGAAUAAAAAAAAAACGGCAAACAGAAAACCCAGCAAACGUGUUUCUGGCCAAGAUUGAUGCUGCCAGCGAUGAUGAGGUGCCGUUUAAUGAGAUUCGCUAGGCCCCCCAGCCCAUUCAAUGGUUUUCGCAGACAAAAAGACGAAUGGUCAGAUCGCAAGACAGCAAGACAGAGACAUAGAUAUGGUAUGGUAUGGCAUAGUGGACUUCAUAGGCCCAGAGAAGCUGAUGAUCGAGAGUGGUGCGGCAAUUGCAUUUGCAUAAAGCCGACUGAGGCGGCUGGUCCAUUGGACAAUCGGAGCAUAUUUAAGACAAGUGGAGCGGCCCAAAAUGCAAUCAUUGCCUAGCAGCAGAUCGUCAACGAAGCAUCCAGCAACCAGCAACCAGCACAUCCCAGAAACCACCAAGGAUUACCCAAAACAGACAGGGAAUAUAUACCAUACAUAUACCAUGUUCCUGCAACAAGUGCUCGUGUGCUGCCUGAUCCUGGUGGCCUCCACCCAGGCCCGUCCUCAAUAUGGCUACGAACAGCCUAGUGCGGACCUCUUCCUCGGCGGCGGCGGCGGCGGCAUUGGCGGUGGCUCCUCUCCCGUUGGCAAUGUGGGCCUCAUCGGUGGCCCCUCUAAUGGCCUGGUCAGCAUCCAGUCACAUCGCGGUGGUGACAAGUAUCUGCCCCCGGCCAGCACCACCCAGGCACCGAUCAUCAACAAGAAAUUCUAUCUGGUCUCCGCACCCGAGGAUCACAGCAACGAUGGCAAGGUGAAGCAUUUGGUUUUGGGACGUCCUCAGAAGAACUACCGGGUGGUGUUCAUCAAGGCCCCGGCCGGCGAUAAUGCCAAUGUUAAGUACUCGGCCGAGUUUGCUCCGCAGGAGGAGAAGACCGUCAUCUAUGUGCUGAGCAAGAAGGAUAACGAUGUGGAUGCCAGUGAUAUUGCCACGCCGGCGCCCACGCAGCCCAGCAAGCCGGAGGUGUUCUUCAUCAAAUACAAGACCGACGACGAGGCCAAGCAGGCCCAGCAGGAGAUCCAGGGACAGUACGACAAGCUGGGCGGCACCAACGAGUACCAGGAGGACAACAACGCCCCCAUCACCUCGGUGAUUGGCAGUCUGGAUGGCCUGAAUCCCGAUGGCAGCUACAACUACCGCCAGAUUGCCAACCGUCCGGCUGCUGUGGCUCCCAAUUCCCAGUACCUGCCCAGUCUGCUGAAGCACUAGGGGAUUACCACCUGCUGCACUGCACCACCGCGUCACCAAGAUCACCCAAAUCAUCCUCGAACCCCGUUGUGUUGCGUAUUUUUAAGAAAUCACUAAAUAUUUUUUUUUUCUAUUUUUUUCUUGUUAUAU